AUGGCUGCCGAAAACAACUCACCCUCCCUUCUCCCCUUCAACACCAUGAUUCACAUGACGCCAAGCAUCAAACACUUGGCGUGGAAGAACAUCGACCAGCGCCUCUUUCUACUCUCCUCCCUCACGGAGGAAGUCAUGGCCAAGGUUGUAGGCCUCUCCACCUCACGCGAGGUCUGGUUAUCACUAGAAAACACCUUUAGUCACCAAUCAAAGGCAAGAGAAAUUCAUCUCAAGGACGAUCUACAACUGAUGAAAUGUGGGACUCGAUCGGUAACAGAGUAUGCUCGAGCGUUCAAAGCCCUUUGUGAUCAACUCUAUGCCAUCGGAAGAGCUGUCGACGACACUGACAAAGUUCACUGGUUCCUCCGAGGACUGGGUUUUGAGUUCACUAGCUUCUCCACCGCCCAAAUGGCCCAAACGCCCCUGCCUUCUUUCUCCGAUUUGGUCUCCAAGGCCGAAAGCUUUGAGCUUUUCCAGCGGUCUCUUGAAUCCUCUGGUCCACCAAACGCUGCUUUCACAGUCACAAAUCGCGGCAAUCAUCGCUCAAACUCCAGGCACUCAAAUCGCAACCACCAAGGAUGA